CAAAAGUUUUGGGCCUUCGGCCUGAUACCUCUGGAGCCCAUUUUUUGGGCUUAGGGCUUCGAUGUGUCCAAAAAAUGAAAAAAUUCAGAUGCGGCUGGCUGCGAUUAGGGUUUGGAGAAGAGGAAAUUCCGGUCGAUCUCGGAAUCGGAGAACGGUGUUUGUUUUCAGAUCCGUAUGCUGAAACGCUUGAUUUGAUGUUGAAAAUCCUAAUCUGUAUCUGGAAAGAUCAGAUUUUGGGUUUUUGUUUGGGUAGAUCGAAUUGGAUCUGUAGAGAUGGAGAGUGAGUUGAAACUGAGGAUAACGAUGAAGAUCUCUUUGGUAAUUAUCCUCAUGUUAUACGAUCUGAUACUAUUGAUGGUUGUAAAUGAAGGAUUCGCCUAAAAAAGAAUAUAGACUUGAUUGUUGACUUGGUCGUUUUCAAGUUUCCAGUCUGAGGUUAAAAAGUGAUAAUAAUUCAGCUGAAUUUGGAUCUGUAGCAUAGAUCAAAGCCAUGUAUAAUAGUGGUGUAUUAUAUGUAUUUGAAGUUAAACAUGGAUGAUCAGCAGCUGAUGGAUCUUGGGUUUUUGGAGACAAAAAUUUCAUGCUUGGAGAUUUGGGAUGAGGACCAUCAAAGACUCUGCGUGAACGUUUUUCAAUUCACUGCUUCAACUUUGCCGGGUGUAAUGGACACCAUUGCCGUCUUCUGUUUGAAAUGUAAGGCAUACUGUCAUGAGGGUCGGUGUUGCCCCUAAAAUCUUGCACCUUAGGUGCCAUGUAUUUAGACAAAGCCUCCACAUUGAUGAUAUUUCUGGUGUACACGAUAAUGUGCUUGCAGUGUUCACCAGAUCUUUGUGAUCCGAUCGGUUUUAACAUUCAUCAUGCUCUCCAUUGUGACUAUUUUCUCCAUCGUGGUCCUAUUCGUUCAGCUGGUGACGAUUACUGUUCGAGUAGAUUCUGCCCCACUUGAUCUUCCAGCCUUAUUCCCUUGUGCAGUGAUCCAGGUUCAGUGCCUUCGAUAUGUCCUGCAGGGGUAACUGGAGGAACGACUGCCUCCUUAUAGGUUCUCGAAUUGAUUUUAGUGUAUUAGUUUCUUUUUAUUUGACAAAGUGAUUUGAUGUGGUAAGAUAAAAAAUUCACACCACACAUCAUUAUGAUCAUAGAAGCACAUGAUUAUAUCUAAAGCUAGGAUCACACAUUCACAUUGUGCUUAAUCUCUUUCUCUCUCAUUCCUCACUGGUUUUUGUUUUCUCACUGAAGAAAGAAAAACCAUUUUCUCAAAUACCAGUCCUAUGAUUUCUUCAUAAUUUUCGGAUAGAUCAGUAACUUCAACUGGGUAUGUAAGUUUCAUAGGUUCAUUCAUUUUUGUUGUUUCUUUUUUUCUCGAUCAGUUGGUGAUGUACUAUAGUGUGACAUAGUUCUAGAUAUAAUCACGUGCUUCCAUGAUCAUAAUGAUGUGUAGUGUGAAUUUAUAUCCCUCAUAAUGAUCAUUAAAAGAAACGAAUACAAUUAAAUAAUAAUUGGAGUUACCUCAUCCCUCUCUGCUUGUCCGAAGACUUGAUUAACUCAACAAUUUUUUCCCCUUAGAACUGUCUGGGGAUCCCUUGUUAAUGCCCUCCGAGUUGCUGGACUUGCGAGUUCAGCAUAUCGAUAAUUCAUAUUUGUCUAUUGCGGUGUUUUCCAUCGCAGAAUAAUGAUCACUCCCGAAAGGGUUUUUAAUCUUCUUAUGUAAAAGUCUCUGCCUUAUUGUGGGGACCAAAUUGUUGGGGAUAAAUCAACUAUUAGAUUUGAGGUUUGAGUGGUUUUCUGGUUGGGAAUGACUGCUUGAUUUGAAGCUUCUAUUCUUAUUUCCACCAAAAGCAGUGAAACUAGGAAACUGCUUUGCAAUCCAGAGUGGGGUUUCUCUCAUCUUUUAGGCACUUUUUGCCAGCCUAAGGCAGCAAAUACCCCAAACCUUUUCAUCAAAUGGACUGAGGAAAGCAAAGAUUGGUUUAGUCCUCCUCAUAUCUCCAGUCCAGUACUAUUAUGUUAAGCAAUUUAAUGAUACCACAGGUGGGGAAAUGUAAGGGAAACUUGAUCAAAAUACAAGAAGGGAACACAUUUGGAAAGCCCUGUUGAUGUACCCUUAAACAAUUCAAAUAUAAAGUGAACUUAACCUCUAUAGAGUCUGCAGCUAUAUAUGGCAUCGUGCACCGUACGUUCUCAAGUUUUUCAACAGACAGAGAGAAAGAGACACAGCUUUUAUAUAAUACUAUAUAGUACACUCACACACACAUAUAUAAAUAUAUUGUUUAUAUAUAUUAUUAUUUAAUGAUAUGUGGCAGACUUAUGAGAUUCUUAUAGGUUUGACUUUGAAGAAGAUGCCAGCUUUGAUUGCCAAAGAUAACGCCAUCAAAGACGGUGGUGGCUAAAGAAAGACCACCGUACGUAUGAAGAAGAAUAUCUUUACACUUUUCCUUAUAUAUACUCAUUGAUCAUAUACAGUCUCUCUUCAAAACCACUCUUCAUUUUCUCCCUUUCUUAGUCUUUAACUCAAGUUUACUAUAAGUUUUAAAACCCCAUUCCAAACUUAUUGGCUACUAAAGAAAAAUGGAGAAAAGGGUUAUUGAUUAUAUGUUAGUUCCAUUAGGACUCUUUGCUUUGGUGGCUUACCAUGUUUGGCUUCUCUACCGAGUUAUAAACUACCCCACCAAGACCAUCAUCGGUAUCAAUGCUAUUCACCGCCGUUCUUGGGCUCGUGCUAUGUUGGAGAAUUUGCACAAUAAUGGUGUUCUUGCUGUUCAGAGUUUGAGAAACAACAUAAUGUCGUCGACCCUUAUGGCCUCGAUGGCAAUUAUGUUGAGUUCUCUAAUCGCUGUGUUGAUGACCAGCGGUGGGAAAAACAAAAUUGAGUUGUUUAUUUUUGGAGACAAAAGUGAAGCAAGCUUAUCUAUCAAAUACUUUUCCAUAAUGGCUUCCUUAUUAGUGGCCUUCUUGUUCAACUUGCAAUCCAUAAGUUACUAUAGUUAUGCAAGUGUUCUAGUGAAUGUGCCAUACAAGAAGAUAUCACAAGACGAUGAACACGAGAAGCUCAUAGUUGAUUUUGUAGGAAGGAGUGUGAACACCGGAAGCUAUUUCUUUUCGCUAGGGUUACGAGCUUUCUACAUCUCGUUCGCUCUAUUCUUAUGGAUAUUCGGUCCUCUUCCCAUGUUUGUUUAUAGCUUUGUUUUGGUUUUCAUGCUCUAUUUCUUGGAUGUUAACUUUCAUUGUGGUGCCAUUGUUGAUAUUUCUGAUGAAGACAUUAGUAUUAGAAGACCAAUAAAAGAUGAAGAGCUUGGCAUUAUUAUAGGAAGACCAAUUUAGAUGUUUUUUUUUGGUUGGUCAAACUAGCUAUAGCUACAACUACUUGUUGUUGGAAAAUAACAUUUUUGUAAUCUCAAUCUCUAUUGUGAUUAUUGAUCUUAUUCACUACACAAAAAAAGUAAUGUAUAUAGCGGAUCUUGUUCUGUUU